AUGUUCUGCCGAAUAGGGAAUCUUUCAGUGCUGGCCGCCAACGCUGUCGACACGACCGCGCAUGGACACCCUGAGCUAUACGGCACCUCCCUCAACAAUUAAUGUGGGCGACAGUGAGCGGCAGAGCAUUCGUGGUUGACAAUGAGUCAGACGAAGACUUAAGGUGUUGCCCUUUUCAUUCUCAUGAGCAGACCAGUUUUGUUUCCUAGGUUGAGUCGGACGUGUCCUUCAAAGGGGGCUCCAGAACAUCGGUCGGGUAAGUUCGGGAGUUGGCAAGGUGUGGAUCAUAAGUCCAUAGGCCCCACCUUCUCUGUAUAUUUGUCUUUCUAUCUGUCUCUGCCCGUCCGACCAUCUGUCUGUCUGUCUGUCUGUCUCUCUCUCGUCUAAAUGGGUGAAACGGGAACUGUAAUACCGCCCAAAUUCGCCCUUCCAGCUCGGCCUUCAUGGAAAAGUUCACGCAUGCUUGAUUGCAAUUAGGCUAGUCGGUGGCGUCUAGUUCAGUGUAAAUAAUUCAUAUCAGAUGGAGAAGGCGAUGUAUAAUGCAGAUUCUGACCUUGCUUAAAAGAUGGAAGUAGAGUGGGUGCAUUCCCGGUAACAGUCCCCAUAGAUGGUUUCCUGGCCGUGAAGACGACGUCUAGGUAAGCAUUCGCCAAGUUUUUUAUCGAUAAGUCUGAACCUCCAUCUAGGAUGGGCAACAAGAUUACGGAGAUAUGUGCAGGUGUGCCGUAUCCUGGCAUCUAUGUCCAAUUAUUGCCUCAAAAACCACUGAUUUUUACGUCAUCUAUGUCCGCAUCUACUGGAAUUAUCAUAUGCAGGCAAAAGCAAGCAUGAAUCGGGACACUUACCACGCGAGGGAGGGUCUGAAGGGUGUAGUCGAUGUCAAACACAAGCAGGCGAGGGAGGGCCUGGAAGAGGUCCAGAAAUAUCUGCAGGGCCCCCUCCUCCACCCUCUCCGCCCCCCAUCGCUCCGUCCCAUUGCCCCUUCUUCCCACCUCUUCCGACGAGGCGCCGCGAGAAAGCACUCCGUUUACCCUUUUCGAAAUAGGCCAAGAACAGGCCGUGCAUUUCUGAAGGGCGAGCCCGGCACAUGCACCAACUCUAUCCUACCACGUGUCUUGAAAAGCUUACGCCCCUUGCGAUUCCAGCUCAUGGGCCAUGUAGGGGUGCCAUUAGAGGCAUGUGGGCCGGCUAUAAGCAUGAUCUGUGAUUUUCCUCACCUUUUCGUGCCUUACUGUAUCAGAGUUUUGCCACGUGCACGAAUGAUAUUCCGCCAUGGGUUCUCCAGCAUGGGAGAUUAGUUAUUCACUUUUCGUUCUCCGACGGACGUACCAACGGAUGGUAUGGGAAGAAAUUUAGUGACGAGGAGGGUGGUAGUACAUGCGCCGCUGAGCACGGUUGAUUGUUGACCAAAUGUCUCCACCUGGGUGGAUAGCGCGAGCAACAGCUGUGGGUGGUGUUUAUGAAUAUUUUAAUAGAUGAUAGUUGGUGAUCCAUGAGCAACACCUGACGAAUUUCUUUGCUUGAAACUACUCCAAACAUCGAUAUUUUGUUCUUCGAAGAAUGGGAAGGCCCAACAUUCAUCUAUGGAUUUAAGAUGCCGGAGACCACAGAGAGGAAAAUUGUGGGGUUCCGAUUCAUGUAAUGACCAUCGUGGCCCCAUUGAUUUACCCAAAUUUCUGGAAGAAUAUGAGCCCAUAAAUGGAAUGGGACAGAGCAGGUAAACUCGGCAUCUUGACAUACAAAGCAGCAGCAUUCAAACGUCAGAUGUUACGAGAAAAAAAUAAUAGUAAUUUAAAAAUAGAUAUAUUUUUUAAAAAUAAUCAGCUCAUUCUUCCUUCCAUCCCCUACGACGGUGGAACUUGACAGGUUCUACACGCAGAGACGAGGGCGAGAGAGGGAGGGUGGGUAACCGGGGGGAGGGGGGGGGGGAGGUGGAGGGAAAGCCAUUGACACCCGUACACCUCAAGAAGGUCGCCGACGUGCAUCGACCUCUAGAUUCAUUCCGGCUGGGAGGAAUAAAGGGUUAGAAGCAGACAGGCGAGAGAAGGUCGGUCUGUGCUCAAGGGACCACCACGUAUAGCCUGUUGCCCGCUUUCUAGGUGUGACUGAGCCUGGAAGACUUUGCUGGAGCCGAGAGUGAUUGAAGAUCAGACAGAGCGAACCUACCCAGCACAGACCUCUGCAGCACCAUCAGUCAGGGAAAAAACCUACCGGGCAAGUCGCACUGAGUCUCCAGUCGACACCCAUGCACCUCAAGAAGCAAGUAUAAAAGUCAUGGAGUUGAAGAUCAUUAGUGCUGAGGGCCAAGGAGGAAGAAUUUAUAAGAAUUCUAGGGACGAUGAUAUGAAGAACAGUCCCCCUUCAUGGGAAAGUUCUUUUUUUCUUUUACGUAAAGCUGCAAAGUGGACCAAGAAACUUGAAAACAAGGCAAUAUUUUGAAGUUAGGUCUUGUUUUUUUUUUUUCUGGACCGUCCAUGCCCUUUUCAAUGUUCUUGAGAUUACCAAGGUAGAAGAAGCCCGAAAACCGGGAAACCGCCAGUGUAUAUCCAAAGACUGGUUUUGCGUUGUGCAAGCUCAGGGCAACAAAUCCCUCACAAAAUGGUAUAAAUAUGGUGAUAGAUUACCUUACGAUGCGGAUGGUUGUGGCUCGAAUCCGAUGAAAUUUUGCAUAUUUAAAUGGAAUAAAAAUAAAUGAUAUAUUCGUGAGGAUUUGAGGAUGAUAUCUAGAAACUGGCGUGUGGAUUUGUGCAACCAGAAAACAAAUAGGCCAUAAAAUCGUAAAAAUUGUGACAGGUUAUCCUACAAUGCGGAUGUCGUGGCCCUAAUCGGAAGAUAUUUUGAAAUUUUAAAUAGUAUAGAAAUAAGUGAAAUAUUUACGGCGUUGAUAAAUGAUCAUGCUCUCGAUAAUACCUUGGAAAUUUUCUGCCGAAUAGAGAAUCUUUCACUGCUGAUUACCAAUCCUGUUUACGUCACCGCACAUGGGCAUCGUGGGCUAGACGGCACCUUCCUCAACAUCGUAUGCGCGCGACACUGAGUGGGAAAGGUCUGGCUCCGAAGUCCAAAGGCCCCACCUUUCUAACCCACAGUCCACUGCAUCCUUUCCCUGCUUCCCCUCUGUCUGUCUGUUUUUGUCUCAGUACGAUUGUCUGUCUACCUGUCUCUGUCUCUCCAACCGUCUCUCUCUCUCUCUCUCUCUCUCUCUGUCUCUGGGCUGAAUGGGUAAGAGGGGAGCCGUAAUACCGCCCGACUCUGCCAUUCCAGCUCUAACUCCCAGAAAAACUCACGCAGGCUUGAUUGCCAUUAAGUUCGUUAGUGGCGUGGACGAAGUGAGUAUCUACUUCAGUGUAACUCUCCAAGCGCUAUCUUAAGCAUAAUAAAUAGUUAUAUUUAUGGCGUGGAUAAACGAUUAUAUUCUUGAUACUGCCUUGGAAAUGUUCGGUCGAAUAGGGAAUCUUGGACGGCUGGCCGCCGACAUCGUGGCCUACACGGCAUCGUGUGUUGAGAAUGAGUCAGUCAUGAGCGGGAGCUGUUGACAUCGUGGGAAUAGACGAAGACUUGAGAUGUUGCCCUUUUCGUUCUCAUGAGCGGACCAGUUUUGUUUUCUACGUUGAGUCGGACAUGUCCUGAUACCAGGGCGCUCCAGAAAAUCUGUCGGGGUGCGUUCGGGAGUUGGCAACGUGUGGGUCAUAUGUGCAAAGGCCCCACCCUUCUAACCUAAUUCCAUUGCAUCCUUUGCUCAUUCGCCUUUUUGUCUGUCUAUGUGUCUGUUUGUUUGUCUGUCUGUAUGUCUCUGUACAUUUGUCUGUCUGCCUGUCUCUGUUUGUCCGACCAUCUCUCUCUCUCUCUCUCUCUCUCUCUCUCUCUCUCUGUAAGUUAGAUGGGUGAAACGGGAGCCGUAUUACCGCCCAACUUUGCCCUUCCAGCUCUACCUUCAAAGAAAAAUUCGCGCAUGCUUCAUUGCAAUUAGGUUCGUUGGUGGCGUGGACGAAGCGACCGUCUGCGUCUACUUAAGUGAUACUCUCCCAGCUAUCAUAAACACAAUAAAUAGUUCAAAUCAAAGGGGAUGACUUCACCUAUAAUGCCUUUAAGCAGAACAGUCCGACUUGGCAUCAUUAAAUGGAAAUAGAGUAUAAGCAUUCUCGGUAUCAAUCCUCCUCGACGGCUUCCUAGCCUUGAAGGCGACGUCUAGGUAAACAUUCGCCAUGUUCUUUGCAAUAAAUCUGCACCUUCAUUGCUAGGGAGAUAUGUGCAGGUGUGCCGUAUCUUGGUAGUGGCCUGAAUCCGAGAAAACACCAACCGGUCUCCCCUACCUGGUAUCCAUAAAUGGUGAGGGUGGAGAACGGAGCCACCGCACUCCUCCGUCCUGUAUGUCUGUCGACCCUCGAUCGAGUUUCAUCAUCGUGCAGGAUGGAAAGAAAACUGAACCUUAUUCCUUUCAGGGCCAGGAUUGGUUGGUCACAGCCUCCAUACCUUUUCUUCUUCUUCGUCUUGAUCUUCUUCUGCAUGCUCCAGCCUCUCGGAAGUCUGUUAGUUAGAGCUCAAUCCAAGGAGCUAACUGUUCGGGUUAUAAAGCUCAGUUCCGUGAAAGAAAAUUUUGAACGUCCCCUCAAUUAGAUUUCCCUUCCCCACACAAGGCAGGCAGGCUCGGCUAUCACGAGUUGUCCACGGGGUCGACGCCUCCCCUAUUCCGUAUUCGUGGUUCCUCUCUUUUCAUAACAAAGUUUGUAUCAUGAGUUCAUCUUGAUCCAUUGCAGGUUUCAUAAGCAUCGACUGCGGCUUGGCUGGUGGCUCGGGCUACGGAGACGAGGACAAUGGCUUACAAUACACCGGCGACUCUCGAUACAUCGGCACGGGAGAGAACAAGAACGUCUCUGAGAACAGAUUUGCUCGGUGCUAUGGAACUCUCCAUUGCUUCCCUAACGGGACGCGGAACUGUUACAGCCUGUCGCAGGUACAAUCCGGCAACAAGUAUCUGAUUCGAGCCGUAUUCUUUUAUGGCAACUACGACGGCAAAAACUCCUCCCCCACCUUCCAUCUCCACAUCGGGGUCAAUUUCUGGACCACUGUCACAAUGGGAUCCGACGGUGGUCUCGUCUCCGAGAUCAUCACGGUGUCGCGGGGGAAUGUCAUACAGGUGUGCCUGGUCAACACGGGGAAGGGCACGCCCUUCAUAUCGGUGCUCGAGCUGAGGCCCCUCCUCGAUGUCAUGUAUCCUUUCGCCAACGCGUCUCAAUCCUGA